AUGGCUCGAGAUCUUUUGAGCAGUGACGGCUCUGACGGCGAAGAUGGAGGAGCAGAAGUCCAGACCGGCGAGCUCACAGUCAACGAGUCCUUUGCCCGUCGAUUUGAACAUAAUAAAAAGCGAGAGGAGUUGCAGAGAUUAGAAGAAAAGCUGGGAAAAUCCACUCGAAAACGCAAACGAGACGAUGACACUGACAGCGGCGAAGACUCCGGCUCGGACACCUCCACGAGUGAGUCGGAAGAUGAAGGAGAGUUGGCCACAGAGACUCUCGACUCCGAGAUCAUGGCUACAAUACACGCGAUCCGAUCGAAAGAUCCUCGAGUCUAUGACAAGUCCACCAAAUUCUACACCGAGGGCGAGGAAAAUGGAUCCCCCCAGUCCAAGACGAGGAAAGAGAAGCCCAUGCAUCUUCAAGACUAUCAUCGGCAGAAUUUACUGAAUGGGAAUGACGUUGCUGAAGAAGAUGAUUCCGCACCGUUAACAUACCAUCAGGAGCAAGAACAGCUGAAAAAGUCGAUUGUUGGUGAAAUAAAUGCGGCAGCUGCUGUGGGGUCGGGGAGUGAGGAGGACGACCAAGACGACAAUACCUUUCUUGUGACCCAACGAAGGGAGGAGCCGGUGAAAUCGGAGGUGGCUUUGGACGUUGAGAAUGCCGACAAAGAUCCAGAAACGUUCUUGUCCAAUUUUAUGGUUUCCAGGGCUUGGGCUGCUCCGACCGAGUCGAACCUGCACCCAUUCGAGUCCGAUGAUGAAGAGGAAGAAAGGAGGGCUGACGAGUUUGAAGAGGCAUAUAAUCUCAGAUUCGAAGAUCCGGCCAAAUCCAAUGAAAAGCUACGCUCGCAUGCUAGAGAUAUGGCAACCAAAUAUUCCGUUAGGAGGGAAGAGGCAAACCCGAGGCAGAGAAAGCGAGAAGCGGAGAAAGCCAAGAAGGAAGCCGAGAAACAGCAACGCAAAGAGGAAAAAGCUCGGCUGCGAAAACUGAAGAUUGAGGAACUUGAGGAGAAGGUGCAAAAAAUUAAGCGCGCCGCUGGAAUGAGGACGAAAGAUAUCCGGCCGGAAGAUUGGUCUCGCUUUGUUGAUGACGACUGGGAUGACGCCAAAUGGGAGGAGGAGAUGCAAAAGAGGUUUGGUGAACAAUACUAUGCUGAGGUGGAUGUCGACAGUGAGGAAGAUGAGACAAGCGGAACGAAACGAAAAGUUCGAAAGCCGAAAUUUGAUGAUGACAUCGACAUCAACGAUAUAGUGCCCGAUUUUGGGGAUGGUGAAAAGGCAGAUUUGAGCCUCUCAGAUGAGGACACAUCCGUCAAGAGACGAAAAGGCAAGAAGCUGAAGGAGGAAAAGAAGCGAGAUGCAAGGAAAGAGCGAAGGAUCAUCGAACGACUCGUGGAUGAGCAACUGCACCUUGAACUCCACGAUUCUCUGCCGAAGAAGGUUGGCUUCAGAUACCGCGAAACGUCUCCGAAGAGUUUUGGUCUAACUGCACGAGAUAUCUUGAUGGCUGAUGACAGGCAGCUGAAUGAAUUUGCCGGGUUGAAGAAGCUAGCUUCGUUCCGAGAUCCGGAGAAGAAGCGCCGGGACAUGAAGCAUCUGGGAAAGAAGGCAAGGCUGAGAAAGUGGCGUCUGGAAACCUUCGGCAACGAGGACGGCUUACAAGCAAGCGAGCUGAUUCCCGCGCAGCCGAAAGCAGAGGAGAAGCCAGAGACCGGAGACGGUGCCGUGGAUGUCAGAACAGAAGGCAAGAAGAAGAGAAGAAGAAGAAGAAGCAAGAAGCAGAAAGUGGAUAUGGCGUGA